GACCUGCUAUUGGCUCCUGGCUAUUGUUUCUUGUUUUGUUUCUGUCUGCUAGUUCCAGCAAGUAUUCGACUCCAUUCUACGUAGUGCACCUCAGUCUGCCAGCACCAGCCCUCAAUAUUCUAUAACUAUAGUUAGUGGAGCGCUUUAUCCAGCAAGUGUCUACAUCUACCUAGGACUGUGUACGGGCUCUCUAACACUUCCUCACUAUUCAUCAGACGGCACACCGUAUCUGCUAUGUCUGACUCUGCUAGAGACAACCUACUGAUCAUCAAGCACAGUGCUCCCUAGUUUGGCACAUUGCCUGCAAACCCUGCUACUUGGUCACAUUCUACAUGAGGAGGAGCUUCAUCAGGCCUCCUAGCUUCCUACACUAUCUCCUCGUACUCCGUCCACUCCAUCCCCCAACGUUCCUGAGUUCCUGAUCCGAGUUCAUAAAAACCCAGUAAUCUGACAACAGCCUUGAGAAAGAGAUUAUUACGCAAAUUAUCAUGCUGGUUCUGGCCUGGAAACUAGAGGCUGAAAACAUGGGCUUCUUCACUAAGGAGGAAUGGCUAAAAGGAAUGACCUCAUUACAAUGUGACUGCACAGAGAAGUUACAGGGUAAAUUUGAUUAUCUACGCGCUCAACUGAAUGAAAACACUGCCUUUAAGAAUAUUUACCGGUAUGCUUUUGAUUUUGCAAGGGACAAAGACCAGCGAAGUCUGGAUAUCGACACCGCAAAAUCCAUGUUGGCGCUGCUGCUAGGAAGAACGUGGCCCUUAUUUUCCGUAUUUUUCCAAUAUCUGGAGCAAUCCAAAUACAGAGUUAUGAACAAAGACCAGUGGUAUAACGUGUUAGAAUUUAGCCGGACUGUCUAUGCCGACCUUAGCAACUACGAUGAAGAUGGCGCCUGGCCCGUUCUCCUUGACGAAUUUGUUGAGUGGAAUAAAGUCCGUCAGACAUUAUAGCAAGAUCUAAUCUUGGAAAUAAAACGUGAACUUUCAGAUACCCUAACAUGAAGUGUUUGAAGAAUAUUUUCAUCGUUGCCGAAGACGCCUACUUCUUUUUUUUUUCUUUUCUCUUGCUCUUCUUCUAUAUGGAACUGAUGUUCACUUGUUACACGUGAAAUCGGCAGUGACCUCCAUCAGAUGGCUGCUGGUGUUAAUAGGAUUUAAAAUAUAAUGAAGUUUACACUUGUUUUCAGUACAGAUAAGGAAUAUGGCAGGCGUUUUUUUCGAGCCUUUCUUCCAACCAUUUAAACCAUUAAUUCAUACAGUAUGACGAUUGUUGGCUUCCAAUCUACUUAAUUGUUGAGAAGCACAGGGAAUAUCAUUUGUGUUUGCAAUGAUGAGUCUCUUGGAUGAAAUGAACCGUUUUGGUUGGCUGACACAUCUACUUGUUUGUGAUCCCACAGAAAAAACACACACACACACACACACACUGUAUGUUUUUGUUUUGUCUUCUUUGUGGGGCUCACUGGCCAGAUUCACACGUAACAUAAAUUUUUAGUUUGCAAUUUUCACAAUUAAUUUUAUUCAAAACAAAAAAGUUUUUUUUGUUUUGUUUUUUUUAUUUGUUUUCUUUCUCUUUUUUCCCCCUGACCAGCUUUUUUAAUUUAAAUGUGGGUAGACUUUACGGAUCACAAUAUCUUGUAAAUGUUAUGGCUAGCCAGUAUCCACCAUUUGACCUUUUUUUUUUUUUCUUUUUUUUUUCUUUUUUCUUUUUUUUUUUUUUUUUCUUUUUUCUUUUUUAAAGCUUGUGUCUUAAAUCUUGUAGUGCAAAGUAGAAUUGGGGUCUGCUGUCCUAUAACACUGACACUGCAGAGGGUCUGUUGUGUGGCGGGGGUGAUGAGUAUUAUGUGCAAACACUGCAAUUUCAAAUGUUUAGGGUCUGAAUAUUCCUAACCUUUUAACGCUCAACAAUUUCCACAAAACGGAUUGUCGAUGGGUCUCAAGUUGGUUGUUAGAAACCUGUUAAUGCAUCUUAUUUUAAGCAUCCUUUUCUUUAAUGCUAAGACAUGCUCAGAGAGGCUUAUUUAAAGGGGAAUCCCACUUCAGUUUCAUUUCUUAUGAUAUCCCAUUAUACCCCUGACCACUAAUUUGGGGCAGUCUUUAUCAUGUGACUGCCACCUUUCCUGUGAUCUAGCCCAGCCGAGCAAUAUGUAUCAGUCUGGUGGGUGCUGUUCAUGGUAACCGCUCAUACACUAGUUUGGGUCUAUAGAACUUCAACUAGUGGAAGGAAAUUUCUGGUUGCUUUGCUUACAGUAUGUUACGUUUCUCCAGGUUAUUAAAUGAGCCUCUAACUGUUCAAUAUAUUUGUGAAUUAUGAGCUGGUUUAAGAGUCUGAAAAGUUCUGGACAUAAUAAAUACCUCUGAUGUUAAUAUAACUUUGGUCAACAGGAGAUGCCCCUUUUCCGCUAUGAUAAAUAGCAAAGAACCUUGUCUAUACCCCAGUCUCCUGUAUUCCUGCCCCUCUAUUGCUUCUCUUAUCUGGCACAAAUACUGAACCCACUGCUAUAAAUCAACUUAUUUAAGCAGAUUUCUUAUUUUGCCAAACUUUUCUUCCAGUGUCAUUAUUUAUUGUUAAUUUUCUCAACAGAAGGACGUUAAAUUGAGCAGUGACGGAACCCUCGUUACAAUUAAAAAUUGAGUGGAUUAUAAAGGGAGAUUAAAUGUGUUUAAUGCGUUUAAUGCGUUUUGUCGUCUCACCUGCUCUUAAAUUUUUCUCCCAAAUGUCACGUUAAUUGUCCAAUUGUUUGUCUAAUUUUCAUGACACAUUAAAGGAUUUUUUUUUUCUUUUUGAAUCAUUAA